UCAGACAUGUAAAAGAGUUCAGCUUGAAAACAGUGCAGUGCAAUAAUUUUCGUUAAAAUGGAGGGUCAAAUCUCGGGACUGCACAGCCUGGUGUGCCAGUCGAUAUUGGUGCUGAUUUGCCUGAUCUGCUAUGGGUAUGGAGGACUGAGCGGCGCCAAGUUUGUUUUCGACGACACGGUGGCAAUUGUGAAAAAUAAGAAUGUGAAUUCGUUGCCCACAAAUUGGUCGGCCAUUUUUAGCCAUGAUUUCUGGGGUGCUCCGCUGCUGAGUGCGGAUUCGCACAAAUCGUUUCGGCCACUGACAACGCUGAUGUUUCACUAUGAGUACGCCAUGUUGGGCUUGAAUGCCGCCCACAUGAAGUUCCUCAAUCUGCUGCUGCACUGCGUCAAUACGCUGCUCAUGUGGCGCUUGGUCCGUUCCUUCUACAUCGAUUACGUAAACGUUGAGCGUUGGGCAAUGAUAUCUGCUGCCCUAUUUGCCGUUCAUCCCGUGCACACGGAGGCGGUGUCCGGCGUUGUGGGCCGAGCCGAGUUAAUGUUUGCAUUGAUCCAUUUGCUGUGCCUCCUGCUGACGGUGGCCACAAUCGAUACGCGUGGUGAGAUCGGUGUCAGUCUCAUCAUGUUCCUCACGGCCGUGGGCAUGCUCUUCAAGGAGUCGGCAAUAACAAUACCACUGUCCUGUGCAAUAUUGGACUACUUUCAGAAUGGCACGUAUCUGCUGCCGGAGCGACUGCAGCGACGAGUAGUCCUGAAUCGCCUUCGCUAUCAGACAUACUUUUGGGGUUCGCUGGUGCUGCUCGUGUUGCGUCUCUGGUGGCAGAAUUUCGAGGCGCCCGACUUUAAACCAGUGGAUAAUCCCAUCGCAUACAGCGAAUAUCUGAUGACCCGUGGCAUGUCGCAGCAGUAUCUCUUCGUGGUCAACUUUUGGCUGCUGUUGUGUCCGCAGUGGCUGUGCUUCGACUGGGCGCUGGGCUGUGUGAGUCUGGUGCGCACCAUUUAUGAUCUGCGCAUGCAGGCAGUGAUUGCCUUCUACUCCUUCAUUCUCGUUGCGGCGACAAACUUUCGACGCUUGGCUGGACUGAUGUUGGCGCUGUGCAUGAUGGUGAUUCCAUUUCUGCCCGCCUCGGGCAUUGUGCGCGUGGGAUUUGUGAUUGCGGAGCGAACGCUGUAUGUGCCCUCGAUUGGCUUCUGUCUGAUGUCGGUGUAUGGCUUCCUCUACUGUUACCACAACUAUGGCAUUAAUGUCUAUAUGCGCACCUUUCUCCAGGCGAUGCUCAUGCUGCUCUUUGCCGUGCUCAUGCUGCGCACACGUCAACGGGCCGCCGAGUGGCUGAAUGAGGAGAAAUUGUUUACGUCCGCACUGCUCGUCUGUCCCAAUAAUGCCAAGGUGCAUUAUAAUAUUGCCAGGCUGGCGACGGAUACCGGCAAUAGCAGCCGGGCCUUUCAGCACUAUCACAAGGCGAUUGAGUUGUAUCCGGGCUACGAGUCGGCACUGAUGAAUCUGGGCAAUCUGUAUCGCGAGCAUGGCAAUCUGCGCACGGCUGAGAAGUAUAUACGUGCCGCUCUUAAAGCGUAUCCCGAAUUUCCUGUCGCCUGGAUGAAUCUGGGCAUUGUGCAGGCGUCGCAGAAGAAAUACGAUGAGGCGCUGGCCAGCUACUGGAAGGCAUUGAAGUUUCGUCCGGAUUAUGCCGUCUGUCACUAUAAUAUGGGUAAUUUGUUUCUGGAACAGCAACAUUAUGCGGAUGCACUACAUCAUUGGCAGCAUGCCGUCGCCGUCAAUCCACGUCAGCCGAAGGCCUGGGCAAACAUACUGACCAUGCUUGAUAAUCGGGGCAUGUACGAGGAUGCACUGCGGAUUUCGGUGAAGGGCAUGGAACAGUUGCCCAAUGAGCCGAGCAUUAUGUUCAUACGCGCCAAUGUGCUCGGCAAGCUGAAGCACUAUGUGGAGGCGGAGACGCUCUACAAGCGUGUCCUGGCCAUCGAUCCACGCAACAUGCUGUAUCAUACCAAUCUCGGAGUGCUCUACCAUCGCUGGGACAAAGUGCCCGAGGCCAUCGAAUCCUAUCAGAUGGCCAUCAGUAUCAAUUCUGCGAGAGCAACAACAGCACGGGAUAAUCUCAACAAGCUCAUCAAGCGCGUGGGACGCGAGGGAAAAACUGGCUAAAUAGCUGGUCAAAUAAUAAUACUCAUCGUAAAUAUGUAGGCAUCUGGUCAUAGAUAUACAAUUUUUCCACAGCAUUCCAUAUUUAAGAAUAUUUAAGAAUAAUCAUCUGGAUUUUAAGAGAAAGAAUUAAGAACAACACGUCGAAUUUAAUAUACCCUUGCAGAAUGGCCUAAACCACCUAAUUAAUUGCAAUUGGUGCUAAUUGAAAAAAAUAUAUAUAUAUUCCAUGAAGUCAGUCGAGACUUUUUUACCACCAAUUUAUAAUACCUUCAGCAAGGGUGUUGCGUGUCGGAAAUAGUUUGCGUGAUAUUUUCGAAUAUUAAUGUCUAAAUAUAAAAUCAAAUGCUGAUUUUAAGAAAGUCGCAAAACUUUGUCUAUUCAUUCUGUCCAUCAAUUUUCCACAUAUACCUCUAACUAUUCUAGUCUUAAUUGAUAACGGAACAGGAGCAAAGUCGAAACUCGAAUCAUGUUUCAAGUAUUUUUGCAUUAACUUUGACAUUGAUAAUCUGUUUGUCUGUUUUGUAGAACGUCUAAUUUUUAUUUUCGCCUGUGUAUGAUUAAUCUAUUUAUUGUUAAUGAUAUCACGCAACAAUAUCAGCUACAUUGCAAAUCUGCCAUAGAUAAUGUCUAGCAAUAAUAAUGAAUCAGUGUAUUUUCUAUAAAUGUCUAUAAAUGUUAAUGGUUGUGUUUUGUGUCCACCUCGUAUCAACAUAAUAUACAUCAAUAGCUGUAAGACAAGAGUAAUCUAUUAUAUGACCUAUCUCGAUAUAUCAAAGUAUUUUUCGACACAUUCUACCGAGCAAUAAUUUUGCCUUUUUCUUUUUACCAUAUUUUAAUUUAAAUCUAUAGUUAAGUCUAAAUUAUCAGUAAGAAAGCCCGGCUUUAAGACAUACGUACACGUAAUUUUUGUAUUAUUUAAUUUAUUUAAUCGAGGGUAUGUACAAUUAAUUUUAGAACUAAAUAAUGAUGGAGUAACUAGAUGGGAAAUACAAUUAAUUAUGAUAAUUUAAAUCUAAGACAUAAAAUCUACAAAAAAUACUUUCGAGAGACAGUUUUCGAUUCAAUUCCAUACAAUUAAACGCAUUACAAAAUAAUAAUACCGAGAAUUACAUAAACUAAUUACACUACAUAGGAAUAUACAGAUACAGACGAAUUCAAUUCAAACAGAACCACAAU